GGAAGUGCGAGGGAGAGGCGAGCCACGUGGGUGGAGCUGGAGCGCAGCUCGCAUGGGGGAGUCUAUCCCGCUGGCAGCCCCGGUCCCGGUGGAACAGGCGGUGCUGGAGACGUUCUUCUCUCACCUGGGUAUCUUCUCUUACGACAAGGCCAAGGACAAUGUGGAGAAGGAACGAGAGGCCAACAAGAGCGCGGGGGGCAGCUGGCUGCCGCUGCUGGCGGCCUUGGCCCACCUGGCCGCGGCAGAGAAGGUCUAUCACAGCCUCACCUACCUGGGGCAGAAACUAGGGGGCCAGUCUUUCUUCAGCAGGAAGGACUCCAUCCGCACCAUCUAUACUUCCCUGCAUAAUGAGCUGAAGAAGGUGGUGACUGGCCGUGGUGCCCUUGGGGGGACCGCACCUCACGUGGAAGAGCUCCUUUCCCACCUGUCAGAGCAGCUGUGCUUCUUUGUUCAGGCUCGGAUGGAGAUCGCAGACUUCUAUGAGAAGAUGUACACCCUCAGCACACAGAAGUUCAUCAAUGCCGAAGAGCUCGUUGGCCUUUUAGACACCAUCCUCAAGAAAUACAGCUCCAGAUUUCACCACCCCAUCCUCAGUCCUCUGGAAAGCAGUUUCCAGCUGGAGGUCGACGUACUGAGUCAUCUCCUGAAGGCCCAGGCUCAGGUCUCCGAGUGGAAGUUCCUCCCGUCUCUGGUUAACUUACACAGCGCUCACACCAAGCUGCAGACUUGGGGCCAGAUCUUUGAAAAGCAACGGGAGACCAAGAAACAUCUGUUUGGAGGGCAGUCCCAGAAGGCCAUUCAGCCCCCACACCUUUUCCUUUGGCUGCUGAAACUCAAAAACAUGCUUCUUGCCAAAUUUAGCUUCUACUUUCACGAGGCACUGAGCCGACAAACGACUGCUUCAGAAAUGAAAACGCUGACUGCAAAAGCCAACCCAGACCUCUUUGGAAAGAUUUCCAGCUUCAUCAGGAAAUACGACGCUGCCAACGUGUCCUUAAUCUUUGACAACCAGGGUUCCGAGAGCUUUCAGGGUCAUGGCUACCACCACCCCCAUUCCUACAGAGAGGCCCCAAAGGGCGUGGAUCAGUAUCCAGCCGUGGUAUCUCUGCCCAGCGACAGGCCUGUCCUGCACUGGCCCAAUGUCAUCAUGAUCAUGACAGACCGCACGUCCGACCUGAACAGCUUAGAGAAAGUGGUCCACUUCUAUGAUGACAAAGUUCAGAGCACCUACUUCCUUACCCGCCCAGAACCCCACUUUACCAUUGUUGUCAUUUUCGAGUCAAAGAAAUCUGAAAGAGACUCCCACUUUAUUUCCUUCCUUAGUGAGAUCUCACUUGCCCUUAAGAACCCCAAGGUUUUUGCAAGUCUGAAACCUGGAUCCAAAGGUUAGAAGGUGAUUUGUGUGAAAGGUUUUCAAGACUGGAAAUUGUGUUCUUAAUUGCUCUAACGAUCUACAGUGGUCUGUGAUUAGAGUUUCCAUCCACCUGUGCUGCUUUCAGAUCUAAAUUAAAGACACAUCCUCCCUAAUUGUGUUGCACCCUUUAUAAGCAAUUAAGGCCAGCUGAAUACAUAGCCAAAGAGUAAGCUAGGUGAUCAUGGCUGCCGGUCUCCGUGGUACAGCAAGGUACUUUCGGCAUUUUCUCCUUUUUUCCUGUAUUUCAUGUAGAUUAAUAUUUAUUGGCCUUUGAUUUUUCUUUCCAGAUGUUUUAUAUUAUUCUAAACGUUGUGUUCCAGUACAAUUUCAAACGCCCUCUCCUUUCCCCCUCUUUCUGGAUGAAUAAUUGGGAUACGAUAUUAAAUGGCUUUUUUAGAAUCAAGGACUGUUUUCUAGCUCAUAAAUUAGCAAAUUAACGUGAAACUUUAAGGUUUGUGAUCAACAAAUUAAUAUUUUUGAUGCCAAAAUUAGGGUCUUGGUGAGAAAUUUCUAUCAGUUUGUGAAAUUGAAGGUGAAUCAGAGUGGUAGCCUAGCAUUUGGUGUUUUUUUUUUGUUUUUUGGAAUUACAAAGCUACUUUUAAUAUUUUGGGGUGAGCCCCACAGGAAUAAAAAACACUGGGAAGGGGUAACCCCCUCACCCCCAGGAGUGGCCCAGGGGCAGAGAGGCUACCUGAGGGGAAGGAAGCACAAAAGGGACUCGCUGCAGACUCAGGGCAAAGGGAAUGCCAUCGGUGCUGGGACCUGUGAGCACUACAGGAGAAAACGCGAGCGUGGUGGGACUGGCUCCAGGCACACAGGCGAAGGGCAAGAGGGUUGGACACGAAGCCACAAAGCUACUUGGGUUCCUCCUUCUUCUCGUUUGCCUUUUUCUGCUU